UACAGCAUAAGAGAUUUUUUUGAGAGAGAUUUUCUCCAUUGGGACGAUCGGGACAAUAUGGAACACUGUCAAUGGUUGAUUCGAAAAUGGCAUAAAUUUCAGGAAUUUUUCGAGUGCGAGGUUUUUCAUCAUCAAUUUCGUAAUCAAAUGGAAGAAAGUAAAGACAAAUUCUCAAACAUACAGUUUAAAGUAGAUAAAAAAAGAAAUUUGGAUAAACAACUAUCAAAACUUCAUUAUUUUUGCUUGAAGAAUUGACAUGCUAAGUAUAUUUUAUUGAAUAGUCGCUUAGGAGCUAAAGAGAUUUUUGAGUAUCUAUCACACGUUACGUCUAUUGGAAUAAGCAGGUGGAACAAAGAUGGUGGUAUCCCUAAUAGCUAUUAAUGGACUAUCGUUACCAUUAAUUUGUGAAUUUAUCGAUAAAGUUGGUUAUGCCAUACCCCAAGGCUAACGUAUCCCUUGAAUCACUCUGUGAGACCUGGUCAAACUAUUUAAGCGAACUCACCUAGCCUUAAUCAUAGUUAGUCUUCUUUGUCAUCACCGAAAGCCAAAAAGCUUCGACAAUGAAGAUCCAUUACGGAUGGACAAUACUUUGUUUCCUCUUGCAUUCAGAGUUCUCUAAUGCAAAACUUCUACUUGUUCAAGUCCUGGCGUAUCACACAGAGUAUAAACCAGACAAGAACAUGACAAAUUUGUUUCCUUUGAUGCCUAGCAUCAACAGUUCUACCAUACCGCAGGGAUCCAUCAUGUUGACGCAAAAAGGAAGAGUGAAUGCUGAUAAAUUAGGAGUCUCUUUACGUGAGGCCUAUGGGAAUUUGUAUGGCAAUACGAAAAUUUAUAUGCGCCCAGAGUGCACCGAGGAGGCAAUUGAUAUAUCCUCUCUAAUUGCACAUGGGCUUGUACCUGAAUACGUUCCCAACGAAGAUGUCGCCCAUGGGAAAUUCAAAAGCAACCCAUGGUUCGAUAUAGCUAUCCUCCGAAUGGAUCCGAUAUACAUGGGCUGGUUCCACUGUCAAAACUUUUCUCAAUUUUUCGCUCACGAUGGAUUCGAGCGAUAUGGCGAUAUGAUUACUGAACCCUUAGAUUCCCCGUACGGAUAUCUGUUAAAUCAUACAGGAAGCAAUGUGUUCGGGACCCUUCAAAGUGGAAUUCUGUACCGUCAUCUGCACGCGAGGAAACUCAUGAUGGAGGAGUAUGAGGCUCAGUCGACCUAUGACAUCCGUCUGAAUGGAGGUGCCCACAGCGGACUUUUCCUGCGUUUAGUCAGCAAUUACUUAGAUUAUGUGGACAAUAGGAAACUAUUCAUUUUUGUUGGUGACGAUAUCCACAUGGUCGGACUUCUCAAAGCUCUAGAUGUUUAUGACCAACACCAUAUUCCCGAUUACGGUAGCUACAUUGCAUUAGAACUGCACGCAAUCAAUAGAAAAUUGAUAGUCAGGGUUGUGUAUCACAAAGGCACGUCUUCCAGGGAACCACCUGUACCUCGGGUAAUUCCUGAGUGUUCGGCCACCCCGGACUGUCCAUUAUUUACAUUUGAGAGCAUUUUUAAUGAUUGCAUGCAGCUAGAGAGCUUUAGUCGGCUUGAUUGCCGCCGAUAG